UUGGAGUCUUGUGGCUUCACGCUCUCUCCCACCGGUACGCAUCAAUCUCUUCUACGCUUCGGAUCUGAACACGAACGUUUUAUGAUGAUACGGCACUGGGCUCCGACAAUUCUUGACGGAUACGCCUAUUAUGGCAGGCCUCAGAAACCUCGCCGACUGAUACUGUCUUGUUGUCUUACGAGAGUAUAUAUAUCUGGCCGAACUCGGCUGAUGUUCAAGCAGCUCGCAACUAUGUCGCAUACUUUGCGUCUCAAUUCGACUUGGAGGUCAUUACCAUCCUACCAUACGGUACGCGCAUGAUUUCUCACUUCCCCAUACAUCAUGAUGAAUCGACACAUACAAAAGACAAGCAUAUGUCCAAGCUUCGGCGAAGAC